AUGUUAAAUAAAUUAUCUAAAGACCUGAAUGUUCUAAUCAAUAAAAGACGGUGCUUUUAUUUAAUAACUGGGAUAUUUCUAACGAUAUUGAUUUUUCAAAAUGAAUAUAUUUCAAAUCAUUCUACUAAUUUAAUACGAGAAGUUUACAAAAAAUUACGGGGAAAAAAAUCAGAAUACUCCACCUACUACAACGUUACCGAGUCAAAAAUACCAAAUCAAAUUCUGGCUGGAUCUGACAUACCUUUAUUAACCAAUGUAACACAUGAUAAAACUAAAAAUAUUGUUACCAAGUCAAAAAUACCAAAUCAAAUACUGGCUCGAUCAGAAAUACCUCUAUUAACCAAUGUAACACACGAUAAAACUAAAAAUAUAAUAUUAUGGACUGCGUUUCACAGUGAUAUUACAUGGGAAAUCAAAGAGCUAGGAAGAACCCCGUUCAAAAAUUGUGAAUAUACUUCGUGUCAUAUUUCGAACAAUAAAACUAAUUUUUCAAAUGCAGAUGCCCUUUUAUUCCAUGAAAGGGAUAUAAUAAACUUCCAAUAUCCAUUAAACCAUCCAAAUAACCAAAUAUGGAUAUUUUUUAAUCUGGAGUCUCCUGUUCACACUUAUGGAGAUCUGAUCUCUUACGAUUAUAUUUUCAAUUGGACCGCUACUUAUACACCACAAUCUGAUAUAUACAACCCAUAUGAUAUUACUGUUAUGAAAAUCAAAUCUAAAGAUAAUAAUACCGAAAAUCAUAAAAACUAUUCGAAUGGCAAGUUAAAAUUGGCUAUCAUUGUUGUGAGCAAUUGUAACACAAAGAACCACCGACUUGUUUAUCGAAAAGAGACCAUAGGAGUUCGCAGUCUAGAAGUGCAGGGAGCAUGUUCUAAUAAUUUCCCCAAUUCCACCCGAAUAUGUUAUUCAAAAGAAGAACCAACAGAAAUUUGUAUGGAACGUUACCUCUCUCGUUACAAGUUUUAUCUGGCGUUUGAGAACAGUAACUGUGUGCAUUAUAUAACGGAAAAAUUUUUUCGGGCACUCUCCAUGGGGACAAUACCUGUAGUGUUUGGAGCUCGAUACUCUGAUUAUGUCAGGAUAGCGCCACCAUUUUCUUUUAUUUUCGUUGCUUCGCCCCUGGCGAUUGCUGCCGGAGUCAUGGGGAAUCAAUCUCAAAAUUCCAUUCCAAACAAUCUUGAGAUACCAAAGAAUCAUCCAUAUUUUCAUUCUAACAAUACGAAAGAACUAGCUAAAUACCUUUUAAAAUUAGAUUCCAAUGACACACUUUACAAUGAGUAUCACGCUUGGAGAGAGGAAUACAUUUUAGAAGGUAAAAGGGACAGAUAUCUAUGCUCAAUUUGUGAACAUCUACAUCUCAAGGACAUCCCUAACAAAUCACACAAAAUAUCCGAUUGGUGGAAUAGAGAAAAGAAUUGUAAAGAAUAAAUGGAAGGCAUUCAAAAUAUCAAAUUUAAUUAAUUCUCAUAAAAUAUCUUUUUAAUUGUUAAUAGAAAAAACUCAGCUUAUUUAUAUCAAAUUUAUAAUUAUUUAAUUAAAUAACAAAAGUUUUUUUAAAUAAUACCAAAAAGAAUAAACAUUACCUAUGCUAGAU